AAGUCAUUGGAAAUUUUCUCCCAAGUAGAAGCAUCAAGCUAAGCCUAAUAAGCUAUUUUGAUUUUCUUAUAGCUGUGAUGGGAGGUGCAUGAGGUCCUUUCAUGCAACUGAAGAGGAUGGUGAUUGUUUCUCGCUCGGUCUCUCUAAAGAAGAAGUAGAUGCAAUUGAAACCUUUAUUUGCAAGAAUUGCGAGUACAAACAGCACCAGUGCUAUGCUUGCGGGAAUUUAGGUUCAUCUGAUCAGUCUUCUGGUGCUGAGGUCUUCCAAUGCGUAAAUGCAACUUGUGGUUAUUUUUAUCAUCCUAAAUGUAUUUCAAGAUUGCUUCAUCCGGAGAAUAAAGUUGCCGCUGGAGACCUUGAGAAGAAGAUUGCAUCUGGAGAAUCUUUCUCAUGCCCUGUGCAUAAGUGCUCUAUUUGUGUGCUCGGCGAAAAUAAGAAAAUAUGGGAACUACAGUUUGCUGUUUGUCGACGGUGUCCAAAAUCAUACCAUAGGAAAUGCUUACCAAGGAAAAUCACUUUUGAAGGUUCUGAGGAUGGUGAAACCCCGACCAGGGCAUGGGAAAAGUUAUUACCUAAUCGCAUUUUGAUAUAUUGCUUGGACCACGAGAUUGAUGAAGAAAUUGAGACUCCUGCUAGAGACCAUAUAAAAUUUCCUGGUCUUGAAGAGAGUAGGCUUCCCAUUCAGAAAAGGAAACUUCCUAUCAGUGAUACAAGACGAGGGAAGACGAUAGUUUUUCGUGGGAGUAGGGAGAAUGUUGUAUCAAAGAAGGGAUCUAUGCCAGAUGACCUUCAGGGAAAAUCUGCUGCAAAAGUAUCCAAAUCAUUUGAGAGGUCCUCAUCUGAUGGGAAGCUUCUUGGUAAAGUGACUGCGAAAUCAUUGUGGAGUUCUGAGUCUAAAAAUGUGAAAUUGGGUAACAUUUCAAGGAACUCUUUGAAUCAAAAAGGAGAAUCUGUCCUCAUGGACAUUGAUAAGACGAUCAAAGUGAAAAAAAUCCUCCUUAGUUGGCAAGUCUGCCAUACCAACCAAGAGAUUUGAUCCAAGUAAGAUUUACAAGGAGGAUAGAAGUGGGAUGCUCCUAUUAGAUGCCAAUUCGGAGAGGAUGUAACUGCCAUUUGUACUUCACAUUUGGUUUUGAUGCCCUCACCCUUAAAAAAUGAAUUAAGGUUUUGAUAUUGCGAUCAAAUCUUAUGGUUUUGACCAAAAUGUUGAUGAGCCUUGUGUAUACAAGAAAAUCAACAAAGAUAAAGUAGCUUUCUUAGUACUUUAUGUGGACGCUAUCCUUCUCACUGGAAAUGAUGUAGGAUACCUAACUAACGUUAAAACUUGGCUACCAGUCCAAUUCUAAAUGAAAGAUUUGGGAGAGGCACAAUUUGUUCUUGGGAUCCAAAUCAUAAGGGAUCGUAAGAACAAAAUGCUAGCACUGUCUCAGGCAACCUAUAUCGACAAAAUAUUGGUUCGAUAUUCGAUGCAAACUCUAAGAAGGAUUUAUUACCUUUCAAGCACGAGGUUUACUUGUCUAAGGAACAAUGUCCUAAGACACCUCAAGAAGUUGAGAAGAUAUGAGACAUAUUCCAUAUGCCUUAGUUGUGGGUAGCUUAAUUUAUGUUAUGUUCUGCACUAGGUUAGACAUUUAUUAUGUAGUGGGAAUAGUCAGUAGAUAUCAGUCCAACUUAGGGUUAGACCACUAGACGACGGUUAAAAUUAUUCUUAAGUAUCUUAGGAGAAUGAGAAACUACAUGCUUGUGUAUGAAGCUAGGGAUUUAAUCCCGAUUUCUAAACAGAUAAGGAUUCUAGGAAAUCUAGUGGGAUUAGUGUUCACCCUAAACGGGAGAACAGUAGCAUGUCAUAGCAUCAAGCAAGGAUGCAUUGUAGACUCUACUAUAAAGGUUGAGUACGUCGUUGCUUGUGAAGCAACAAUAGAAGCAAUUUGGCUAAGGAAGUUUCUGCAAGAUUUGGAAGUUGUUCCAAAUAUGAACAUGCCCAUCACUUUAUAUUUUGAUAUCAAUUGGGCAGUGACCAAUUAUAAGGAACCUCAUAGCCACAAAUGAGGAAAACAUAUAGAGAGAAAAUAUCAUUUGAUACAAGAGAUUGUGCAACGAAGUGAAGUGAUAGUCACCAAGAUCGCUUUGGAGCAUAACAUUGCUGAUCCAUUUACAAAGACUCUCACGGCUAAAGUGUUCGAGGCUCAUCUAGAGAGUCUAGAUCUGCGAGUUUUGUACAUUAGGUAAUCUAGGACAAGUGGGAGAUGUGUAAUGGGUAUGGGGAUGUCCUAGUUUAUUGUAUUGGGGAUUUAAUUGUUGAGUACUACAAAUUUGUAAAUCUACUAAUUUAGAGGAUUUUCUCAUAUCGUGCUUCAUUUCUAAUUCA